AUGACGCUUGAUUGGGCCACGUCGAUGAUUGAUGAUUUUGCUUGUUGCUCAAUCGAUCGAUCUGCAUACCAGAAGCAAGGAAAGCCAAGCCUCUCCGCCGCCGCGGCGCCACCGCGAUGUGGUUCAACUCCCGCAGCGAACCCAACGCCGACGCCGAUCCCCGACCUCAAGGUUCCUGUAACCGAGCCCUAGCCUCUGCCAUCACAGCCGCCACUUCAUCCUCCUCGUGCGACCUCGGCAGCGGAUGGGGCUCCAGAGGCGGCGGCGGCGGCUUCCUGUCGUGGAUCUUCUCCGCGGGCGUGGCGCGCGCCCACGAGCACGAAGGGAAGCCGCAGGCCGGGGACUGGGACGCGCACGGGCUCCCGGUCACCCGCACGCCAGUAACGCUCUCCAGGCUCGACGGGAGGAAGAGGUACAAGGUAUCCGAGCUCAACUUCCUCGACCGCCGCGCCCGCACCACCGAGGCCAGCGCCGGAGAGAAAGAGAAGACGUCGACCCCCUUGUUCGACGACAUGACCACGCUUCGGUCUGGCGGCGUGUACACCCGGUUGCAGCUGCACGAUGAGCUCCAGACGAUGACGUCUUCCGGCAUGUUCGAGCAGGUCAGCCUCCAGGGCAAGCCCAAGCCGGACGGCACUCUCGCGCUCACCGUCACCUACGCCGAGAGCGUCUGGCCUGGAGCCGUCAAACGGCUCAAGUUCGUCAACGUGGGGCUCAUGCCGCCGCUUGGCGACGGACCUGACGACGACAUGACGGCAAGGGAGAAGAUGGACUACUUCCGCAGGCAGGAGCGCGACUACAAGCAGCGCGUCCGCCGCGCCAAACAGUGCAUACUGCCGCAGUCGGUGCGUCAGGAGGUGCUGGGGAUGGUGAAGAAGCAGGGGAAGUUGACCGCCGGGCUGCUACGGAGGAUCAGGGACCACGUCGAGAAGUGGUACCACGACGAGGGCUUUGUGUUCGCCCAGGUGCAGAACUUCGGCAACCUCGACUCGGACGAGAUUGUGCUCGAGGUGGCAGAGGGGGACAUUACCAAGGUGGAGUACCAGUUUCACGACAAGCUCGACAAUAUCAUAGAGGGAAACACUAGCAUUGCCAUCAUUGACCGGGAGCUGCCCCAGCAGCUUGGUCCUGGCCACAUCUAUAACCUAGGGGCGGGGAAACAAGCUCUACAGAGCAUCAAUUCACUGUCUUUGUUCUCAAAUAUAGAAUUGACUCCUCGCCCUGAUGAGACGAAACAAGGGGGUAUAGUGGUUAACAUCAAACUCAAGGAGCAUGAACCAAAAUCAGCACAAGUAACAACAGAGUGGAGCAUAGUGCCUGGACAUCAAGGACUGCCAACUCUGGCAUCCAUUCAACCUGGAGGGACUGUUUCGUUUGAGCACCGCAACAUCUCUGGUUUAAACAGAUCUCUAGUUGGUUCUGUUACAUCCAACAACUUGCUCAACCCUCAGGGUGAUCUGUCGUUCAGGCUUGAGUAUGCACAUCCAUAUCUGGAUGGUGUGGAGAACCGCAGUAGAAACCGCACCUUCAAAGCUAGCUGCUUCAACAGCAAGAAAUUAAGCCCUGUCUUCGUUGCUGGUCCCAACAUGGAUGAAGCUCCACCUAUCUGGAUCGACAGAGUUGGAUUUAAAGCCAAUAUAACAGAGAACCUCACAAGGCAGAGCAAAUUCACAUAUGGGCUCGUGGUGGAAGAGAUUACAACACGCGAUGAAGAUAACAACAUAUGUACACAUGGUGCUCGAGUAUUGCCUGGUGGCGCCUUGAGCAUGGAUGGACCUCCGACAACCUUCAGUGGUACUGGUGUUGAUCGAAUGGCAUUUCUACAAGCUAAUAUAACUCGAGACAAUACAGAGUUCGUAAAUGGUGCAACAAUCGGAAACAGAUGUAUAUUCCAGUUGGACCAAGGUCUCGGCAUCGGAAGCAAAAAACCAUUCUUCAACCGUCAUCAGCUCACGGUGACAAAGUUCAUUAAUCUGAAUAAGCUUCUGAAUAAGCAAAAGAAAGGUGCUGGGAAGCCACCACCAGCUGUUUUGAAUCAGCAAGAGAAAGGUGGUGGGAAACCACCACCAGCUGUUUUGAGUAAGCAAGAGAAAGGUGCUGGGAAGCCACCACCGGCUGUUUUGGCACUCCACGGUCGUUACGCAGGCUGUGUUGGAGAUCUGCCGAGCUACGAUGCAUUUGCACUUGGCGGACCUCACUCCGUUAGGGGCUACGGCAUGGGGGAACUGGGUGCUUCCAGAAAUCUUCUUGAGGUUGCCGCUGAGGUGCGCGUCCCCAUCACUGUGAAGAACAGACAAGCACAGGUGUACGCAUUUGCCGAGCAUGGCACUGACCUUGGGAGCUCCAAGGACGUGAAGGGGAACCCUACAGAGUUCUUCAGACGCGCCGGCCAUGGGUCUUCCUAUGGCGUUGGUGUCAAGCUUGGUGCUGUAAGGGCGGAGUACGCUGUAGAUCACAAUGCUGGCACGGGAGCCUUCUUCUUGAGAUUUGGCGAGAGGUUUUGAAUGGAGUGGAGAUCUGUCACUGGAAAAAAAAAUUUCCUGUUAUAUAAUUUUUUUUGAAUGAAUUCCUGUUAUAUAAUAAUGUAGGAGUAACAGAAAGGAGAUUUGUCACUGAAUCUUGUAUCCGCAAUGCCUGCGAUGUGAAUAUAUAUACGCGGAAGACAGACUCUCUUUUUAUGAAAAGACGCUUUGUUAAUUCUCUUCCUCUGUGGAAGAUAGAUUCGAUGG